CCGAAAGACCCGUCUCAGCCCGAACGUCACACCCGCAAUCAGGCCAAAAUGGACGAUCACAUGUCCCCUUCAAGCCGGAAUCCAUUGACGACGUACUUACGCCAACUCCGUCAAACCAAGACAUCCUUACCCCAUGGCGAGCUUGUGUGCGUUUCAGCGUCUCCAAACAUAAGCACGGUGGCCGCUCUAUUAAGACUGGCUUGCGCCGUUGGCCCAUAUAUCGCUGUUUUACAAGUACAUGCCGAUAUAAUCGACGACUGGUCGCCUGAGGCCGUUCGAAGGCUAACAAAUGUUGCAAAGAGAUUUAGCUUCUUGAUUUGGGAAGGCGGGCGGAUUUUGAAUACAAAACGGCGGCCAACGGGUCAACACGCACUGUCGAGCCAUGAGAUAGCCAGAGACGUCGCUAUGGCACGGAAACGUUACACAAAGGGAAUCAAUGUAGCAGCCUGGGCUGGAUUGGCCAGUACGUGGGUUAUUGGAUCUGAAGGACAGGAUAAAGGUGGCUCUCAGCUUAUUCCAACUCUUCGUCGGGCUGCGCGAGAGACUGUAUCGCGGAUGACUACGUCCGUCCGCACAGAAAUCAGCGGAGGACAAUCGCCAGGUAUAGAUGGAACUGACGAUGAUGAUUGUGGGGAUAGCCCUUGUGAAAAUGAAGAACAAGACCAAAACACCCUUAAUACAGCGCUGGAAGAUUUGGAUAUCUCGCCGCCGCUUCGGAAAAGCUCGGUGAUAUCUCUCACAAGGACGAUUACUCAACACGAAGAACCUUCAAGACCUCCUUUAAUUGAAGUGGAUGAUGACUGCGAUUGUGGUGAAAUCAAUUCAGAGAAUGAAUCGGCAUUAGCCGUAACUGUGACUUCACCGCCGCUUCUUUCCAGGGGGCUCCUGAUUUACCUACCGAGCAAUGGCGAUACGCAAUCUAAGUCUCUACACAGACAGGCCGCCAUUAUUUCAGGGAAAACUCAUAAUGAUUUUGUGGUGGGAUUUGUGACGGAAGAGCCAUGGACGAACGUUCGGAGAGACCAAGCCCUCGCAGAGAGUUUACGCCGGGCAUGUUCGGAUGAACAGGAUGACCUCGACGAAGAUGAUGACGAGGAGGGGGAAGAUGGGAAUGGCAAAGAUGAGGGGAAUCUCAACAAUGCGGAAACUUAUGCGAUAUUCAGUCCGCUUGAAAAUGAUCAUGUUGGCUGCAGCACCAAUGUUCAUGAGCCACGUACAAGCGCCGGGGAGAGCCUAUCAUCACAAGGACAACAUUCGUCAUCCCGCCAUAAAUCAGGCUUGGGCACACAAGCUCAGCAAAUUCGCGCAUUGCAUCAGCUUGUCGCCCAAGCUCUAUCACUUCUAUCAACCAUGAGCCCUGCUGCUCCUCUGAGCUCUUCAGAUGCAAAGCAAGGUUGUCCAGAUAUCCUAUACAUCCCCGUCAUUACUAUGAACCUUUAA